AUGGUGAAGGAGACCGAAUGCUAUGACGUGCUGGGUGUCACUCCAACUGCAUCCGAAUCUGAGAUUAAGAAAGCUUAUUAUAUGAAGGCACGCCAUGUGCAUCCGGAUAAAAACCCAAACGACCCUCUUGCUGCACAAAUUUUUCAGGUUUUAGGUGAGGCUUACCAAGUUCUGAGUGAUCCAGCUCAAAGGCAAGCUUAUGAUGCAUACAACAAAUCAGGUCAUCAUCGUUUUUCACGCAUGUUCAUUCGGUUUGAUCUCAUUGCUGCGAGUUUCCUGUUACAUUGA